UUUUGAGGAAACCGAAAUCUGGCUGCAAAACUGGCGUCCCGCAACAAAACAAACAAUAUAAACAGAAUAACAACAUGUCGCAUCCGAAUACAACGCGACGCAAACAUGUGCUCAAGGAGAUGAUGGAGGACGACUACUCGCUGCCCACGGACCAGCAGCAGAUCGUGCGUGUGGUCAGCAGUCGCGGCAAUAAUCUACACGAGGUUGAAGCGCCCACAACGGACGCAGAUAACUUUCUAGUUUCCAUGCCCAACAAAUUUCGCAAGAAUGUGUGGGUCAAGCGAGGCGAUUACUUGCUCGUCGAGCCCAUCGAGGAGGGCGACAAAGUCAAAGCGGAAAUCAGUAAAAUUCUAACGCCCGAGCAUGUCAAAGAGUACACAAAGUCAGGCAUUUGGCCGGAACGUUUUGCCAAGAAGGCGACGCAGGCGCCGCAAAGAACCGAUUCCAACUCGGACUCCGAUGAACCGCUCUCCCCAAACACAAAUCGACCGGUGAGCCUAGAAAAUGAUGAUGAAGAUGAAACGGAUGAGAGCAGCAGUGAAGAAGACUGAAGACUGAGGAAGAAUUGCGAUGCAUUCGUUUUUUUUUUGUGCAUUACAAAAGUGUUUAGCUAUGUAUAUUUUUUAACCAAUUAGUUUCUUCUCUGUUAACAACAAAAUUGUGUCUUUACUACUACAUACAUAAAACCCAAAAUGAAAACAACAAAAAAUAC